UCAUCAGCCUUCACCCGGCAUCCUGACUGCCUUUAGUCCAUACAUGUUAGCCAGACUUGCCUAAGUUAUCUUUAUAGUAAGGUAGCCUUUCACUUGUUAUGGCUGACCAGACUGUCGUCGAGAAGAUGAGCGAACUGCAAGUGGACGAGGGGAAAAAGGGGGCUACUGAGGGUAAUAAAGAUGGAGGCAAGAAGAAGUCUAAAAACGCAGCAGGGGACUCUGGAGGCAGGGCAGAGCUAUCACCACCACCUCAGUACAUUGAUGACCGCCUCACUCUGUACACAAAGCUAAAAGCUGAGCAUGAUGCCCUGAUGGCAGAAAGGGCUGCAAAAGACAGCCGGGCCAUCAAGGUCACCCUGCCUGAUGGAAAGGUGGUUGAUGCCGAGUCCUGGAAGACAACACCAUACCAGGUGGCUAGUGGAAUCAGUCAAGGUCUUGCUGACAACACAGUGAUUGCUAAAGUGAACAACAGUGUGUGGGACUUGGACAGACCUUUGGAGGAUGACUGCAGCCUGCAGCUGCUUAAGUUUGAUGAUGAGGAGGCUCAAGCAGUUUACUGGCACUCGAGCGCGCACAUCCUGGGUGAAGCUAUGGAGAGGGUGUACGGAGGCUGCCUGUGCUACGGUCCUCCCAUUGAGAACGGCUUCUACUACGACAUGUUCCUGGAGAACAAUGAAGGUGUGUCAAGCAAUGACUUCCCAUGUCUGGAAAAUUUGUGCAAGAAGAUUAUGAAGGAGAAGCAGCCAUUUGAGAGGCUGGAGAUAAAAAAGGAAACUCUGCUGGAAAUGUUCAAGUACAACCAGUUCAAGUGUCGCAUUCUGAACGAGAAGGUUACUACUCCAACCACCACGGUUUACAGAUGUGGUCCUUUGAUUGACUUGUGUCGGGGGCCCCAUGUGAGACAUACUGGAAAAAUCAAGGCACUAAAAAUCCAUAAGAAUUCAUCUACAUACUGGGAGGGAAAAGCAGACAUGGAAACGCUUCAGAGGAUCUAUGGAAUCUCCUUCCCUGACCCCAAAAUGCUCAAAGAGUGGGAGAAGUUUCAGGAGGAUGCCAAAAACAGAGAUCAUCGCAAACUGGGUCGAGAGCAGGACCUUUUCUUCUUCCAUGACCUGAGUCCUGGAAGCUGCUUCUUUCUACCCAAGGGAGCCUUCCUCUACAACACCUUGAUUGAGUUCAUUAGAAGUGAGUACAGGAAGAGAGGUUUCCAGGAGGUGGUGACGCCAAACAUCUACAACAGUAAGCUUUGGCAGACGUCCGGUCACUGGCAGCAUUACAGUGAGAACAUGUUCUCCUUCGAGGUGGAGAAGGAAAUCUUUGCCCUCAAACCCAUGAACUGCCCAGGACACUGUCUGAUGUUUGAUCACCGGCCACGCUCCUGGAGAGAGUUACCACUCCGCAUGGCUGACUUUGGUGUCCUGCACAGAAACGAGCUGUCAGGAGCCCUCACAGGUCUCACGCGUGUUCGACGUUUCCAACAGGAUGAUGCUCACAUCUUCUGCACCAUGGACCAGAUUGAAGAGGAGAUUAAGGGCUGUCUGGACUUCCUGCGGACUGUGUAUGACGUGUUUGGCUUCACUUUCAAACUCAACCUGUCCACGAGACCAGAGAAGUUCCUGGGGGACCCGCAGAUCUGGGACCAGGCAGAAAAGCAACUGGAGAAUAGCUUGAACGAGUUUGGGGAGAAAUGGGUUCUGAACCCCGGUGACGGAGCUUUCUAUGGACCAAAGAUUGACAUUCAGAUCAAGGAUGCAAUCGGCCGGUACCAUCAGUGUGCCACAAUCCAGCUUGAUUUCCAGCUUCCAAUCCGCUUCAAUCUCACCUUUGUCAGCCAUGAUGGUGAUGACAAGAAGAGACCAGUGAUCAUCCACAGAGCCAUCCUGGGAUCAGUGGAGAGGAUGAUUGCUAUUUUGACCGAGAACUAUGGAGGCAAAUGGCCACUCUGGCUCUCUCCUCGCCAAGUAAUGGUCGUGCCUGUGGGGGUGGCCCAUGAGGAGUACGCUCAGAAGGUGAGGCAGGACUUCCACGACAUUGGCUUCAUGGCUGACGUGGACCUUGACCCCGGCUGCACUUUGAACAAAAAGAUUAGAAAUGCACAGUUGGCACAGUACAACUUCAUCCUGGUGGUGGGAGAGAAGGAAAUGACCAGCAACACUGUGAAUGUUCGCACCCGAGAUAACAAAGUCCAUGGCGAGCGCAGCGUGGAAGAGUGCAUUGAGCGUCUCAAACACCUCAAGACCUCGAGGAGUAGAAACGCUGAAGAAGAAUUUUGAGCUUUCUCAAACCUGUGCUAUCAACUCGUCCAUCUCUCUACAGUACCUCGAGUUUGUGAACUUAAAAGGGCCAUGUGGUUAAAAUCAGCUUUAAUGAGGGAUAAACUGGUGCCUAGUCUCUGUUCUGUGUCCCUUUGAAAUCACGUUUUCAGAAUGGUCAUUAUGUCCUUAUUUUCCUGUUGUCUUCCAUCGCCUCAUAACGGUAUCAUUUUUAUUAUCAAGUCUUCAGAUUUAUCUCCUCAUGAGCAGAAGCUUUCUUGUUCUUCUACAUAUACAAAAUUACUUAUGAGACUGUAACAUGAUGAGAUCUUUGAACAGCUUUACAGAACACUUUUUUACAUUGAACAAAUCGCACCAUUAAAGCUACCAAAAACAUUUUCCAAAUUGAUGACUGGUUAAAAAAAAGAGGGGAAAUGGUUUGUAACGCUCUUAAACUGUUUGUAUCGGUCAUUCUUUCUUCAGGGAAUUAUACAUAGGUUACAGUUUUGAUAAUUAAAAAAUAUUAUUGA